AUGGCAACGACAAUCCUCUCGCGAAAGCGCGAUCUGGCGUACAUGAUCCAUUUCAGCAUUUCGCUCCCUCUGAUGUUUCUCAUGGAUCUCCAAGCCAUAUACCCACCCGCAAUCGUUCCCGGAUUCAUGAAGGCCUUGGAAGGCUGGUACAUUGAGAACUACCACGACCAAUUCUUCGUCACGAAGCCGGCUUUCUUCCAGGCUUUCAUCGCCAGUGAGAUCCUCUACCAGGCUCCGGCCAUGGUGAUCGCACUGCGCCUUCUUUACACAGACUCUCCAAAGGUGCCCUUGGUCCUUCUCCCUUAUUCCAUGCUCAUCUUCGCCACCACCGCCACCUGCAUGUUCGAGUACUCUUUCUGGGACAUCCCAUUGCAACAAAAGAUUGAUCUGACAACUCUCUACGGACCUUAUCUUGCUAUAUCCGCGUUCAUGUUCGGAGACAUGAGCAUUCGCCUCAACAACGUCAUCAAUGCUGCCACCACCAAGCUUUCGUCCCAGUCCCUUUCGAGACUUUCGAGAAAGGAUCAGUAG